GGAGAGUCAGAGACGCGGAGAAGAAGAAGAGGAGAGAGAGAGAGAAGGAGAGAAUGUCUGCUGAGAGGGUGGCUCUCGUUCCUCGUUCACAAACCGGCCCUCGCUGAGACACCAUGGGCUGUAUCGGCUCCCGCACCAUCACGGUGGAUGCAGUUCCCGUUCGGAAAGAUGGGGAGCAGCAAGGACGUGCCGAGUUUUCCUGGGAAGGAAUGAAUAUGUCCAUGGAAGACACCACCUCCAUUUUGCCCAGUCUGAAGCGGAACUCCAACGCCUAUGGGAUUGGGGCUCUGGCUAAGUCCUCUCUGACAGGUGUGUCAGGUGUUACCAGAUCAAUGAAGGACAAAGUGACCAAGCCCACUGCCAUGGCUCAGGGUCGUGUGGCCCACAUGAUUGAGUGGCAGAGCUGGGGUAAACCAUCCGCAGGGCCAGAAGGAGGAGCGGGACGCUCCAAUCUGAUCCGCGAGAGGGAGAGACGGCUUGAAAAUGAUGCCUAUACUGACCUGAGUGAUGGAGAAAAAGAGGCACGAAUGGCAGCGGGCAUUUUGCAGCAGUUUGCCAUUUCUGAGGCCACACUCUUAGCCUGGAACUCUAUGGAUGGAGAGAGUUUCUGUGCCGACUCCAACCAAGGCAGCGUGGCUCACCUCAGUGAGGUUAACCAGGAGAGCAUCACCAGCAGAGACCACCCGUUGCAUCAUUCCUCUGCAGAAGUGUGGCCUCACACCUACGUCUCUCAAGGCCUUUACUGUCUCUCCUCCUCUGACGCGUGGGAGCCAAUCAGCAACGAGCCCUCGGGCGUGGCUUCUCCCGCUGCUGGCUCUUAUAUCAUGGCGGGCGGGGCUUCGGGAGAGGGUUAUGAUGGCUCCACCCACUAUUUACCACAGCAGCAGCUGACACUGCAGCAGCAGAACCACCUACAGCAGCUCCAACAGUAUCAGCAGCAGCAGCUCCUGCAGUAUCAACAGUCUAUGGAAUAUCGACUGCGCAGCGCCUCCCACUCCUUACAAGCUACGCCCAACAGCACUAUUCACAGUUUGGGCCCGCCCACUCACCCGAGACUGGCUGACCUGUGGGCGGCAGCUCAGGUGGAGCCCCAUCAGGUGGAGAUGAUGGGACACAUGGGCAUGACCAUGGCCGAAAUGGGAAUGGCAGAAGUGUACGGCGAGGAAUCUGUUUUAGAGAACGAAUGCAUCCCGGAGCAGCAAGAGGAAGAGGAAGCCAAGGAGGAUGACAUAACACUCACCCUCGAACCCGAGUCGACAUCCUUAACUCCUGCCCUGACCCCUCCACCUCAAAGAGAGGGCUCCACCCCACCUAGGGGCAUGAGCCCAGGGCAAGCAGAGCCAGUGGCUGAGCACAUGACCUAUGAGGUCACAUCCUGCGUCGUCCAAUCGCUGGAGGAGAAGGAAGAAGAGGUGGCUGUUGUCGUUGUGGCAACCAACUGACAGUUCAAAAAACAAAACUGUCUGUGAAAUAAUCAACCAGUUAAGCUAUUGUAUACGCCCUUUUACCCCAGAUGUGUACUCGUAUGGACUGUCACAUCAGGAACAGAUUUAUUCGUUAUUAAACGCCGAAAGAACACGCUCUGAGCGCCAGGCGCAUUUAAAGACUAAACGUGGGAGAGCGUCAAAGCCGGGAUGAUGCAUUACAUGUGCUGCUGCUGUUUUAUGGCGGGAGCGCGGGAGUCCAAGGCCACUUGCGAAUAAAAA